ACAUUGACAAAAUGAAUUUAGAGCUCGUCGAACUUCACUGUGCUCACCAAACAUACCCAAUAGGUAAAGACGAAUAGAAACAAAAUGUAUCGUUGGUAACUGGAUAAGUUACACACACGUCUACACACACCCUCACUUCACCUAUAGGCCUCCAUAUCCUCACACAAACUUACACAGACACACAAAUAAACUAUUGGAACAAGAGACUACUGAUCAGCACAGCCUUCCGGGAAAAACUCCCCCGGUUUUCUCGAUAGGGUGUGAUCAUCCCUGCUCCUUGAACGCAGACGAUCGUCACAAGUCAAAACAUUCCAUUAGCAAGAAUCAAAUCAUAAUACGAAGAGAACCACAUGUUGCUUACCAUAGACAUGACCAUGACGAUGGCUGGCCUGGUUUUAUUACGUGGAUUUGCUGUUCUGCUGCUUGUAAUUGGAACAAAUGGGCAAACAGCAACUGUAACCGGUACUUCACUAGCAGCAGCUGGGACUGAUGCCACACUCACAUGUGAUAUUACAGGUGGAACAGUACCUGUAAUUUUAUGGGUAGAUGACAAUACAGGUGAAAAUAUCUUUGCUGGAACAGUCCCUAUCACUGAUGAUGAAAAGUUCAAAAACUUUGAUGUAACUACCCUGACAAAUAUACAAUCAGUGAUGACAAUUUCUAGUGCAGAAGUAACAGAUGAUGGGAUCUAUAGAUGUGAAAUUCAGGGCACUGAUGGUAGUAUGGACUUUGUGGUGGAAGUUCCAGGAACUUUAACUGGACCAACUGUAAGAAGUUUUGUAAGUAGCAGUGGAGAGGAUAUGUAUGAAGCAACAUGUGAAGUUGUUGGAGGCAAACCACCAGUUAACAUCACAUGUUAUCUGAAUGGUGUUGAACAGACUAAUGGCAAUGGCAAGACGAUAGUGCAAACACACCCAACAGCACCAUCUAAUCCACCAUUAUCUAAUACAAAGAGUGUGUUCACAUUCCCAGCAACUCAAGAAAAUCAUUUACAGACUUUGGAAUGUCGGGCUACUGGCUAUCAGCUUACAGAGCUGGAAAGACAAGAAUCAACAGAUUUAGAUAUUCAUACCUCUCCAUCUACUGCUGGUACUACUGUCACUGCUGAGUAUGUAACCUAUGGAACAGACAACAUUAGAGUGACAUGUACUGCACAGAAUGAACCUAGUCCAAUAAUGAGAAACUACUAUAUAUUAUCUAACGGUACCCUGAUACAUGAAUCAAUGAAUACUGUGAAAGAUGUCACUGUUUCAAAUCCUGAAGCUGGAACAGAGUACACAUGUAUGGCUGGUAAUUACCUUGGUAAUACAUCAAUUAGUGCAGCUGUAACAUAUGAACAACCAAGGACAACCAAUCUUCCCCCGACAACUGAGACUACACCCGAGCCUACACCAUGUCCUUGUGCACCGUCUGGUUUGAGUUCUGGAGCAUAUGCUGGAAUAGCUAUCCUAGCCAUCCUCUUAGUAGCUUCUAUCAUCAUCAACAUUAUUCAGUUCAUUCUUCUUAGGAGAAAAACCAAACCAGAAUUCCAUGAGUCAAAGAAUAAUAAGAGCAAUGAAAUAAAUAUACCACAGGAGAUGAAUGACAACGUGGCUUAUGAGAUGAUUCAAAGUGGGAAUCGAGCAUACACAGCGUUAAAACUGGGUUCUACCCACUCCUUCGUCAUUGCCCGUGAAAACGUGACGUUCUUCACCAGACUUGGCUCGAUUGGGCGGGGUGACUUCGGCGAGGUAUGGAAGGGAGACCUUCGAUCAAAACAAAACCAUCUCGACGUUGCUAUUAGGCAAAUACCAGAUCACGUGACAAAAUCAUUACAAGUUCUUCAAGCCAUCAAGGUACUUUACGAGCUAUCGGAUCAACCAAAUAUUGUCAAAUGCCUAGGAUAUUGUAAAGAACAAGGUAGUAUUCUGUAUGAGUUCAUCUCAGGGGGUACACUCCUUACCCAUCUACAGACUUCAGGGGUGCAAUCUCAACCCACGUACAGCAAUCUCAAACCAAACGGUGUUCGUAUUGAGGAGGGUACCCUACUUAACUUGGCUUGGCAGGUUGCUAAAGGGAUGCAGUUCCUUGCAUCUAAGAAGAUCAUCCACGGGGCUCUCUGCGCUCACAAUGUGUUGGUAGGAGAAAGAAAGCAAUGUAAGAUAUCAGACUAUGGACUUUCUUCAUCGCUCUUCGGUGACUUAGCUAAACCAUCCAGAUGGAGUUCACCAGAAACCAUGGCAACGGGUGACCAAACAAUAAAAGGAGACAUCUGGUCUUUUGGUAUCGUCUUGUGGGAAAUUGUGACACUGGGUGCAAGGCCAUACCCAAAUAUGACAUUCAGCUCGGUUCAGACGGAGGUUGCUAAUGGUUACCAGAUACCACGCCCUCGUCACUGUGCACAAGAAGUGUAUGCAGUUAUGACUGGUUGCUGGGACAAGGAACCCCAAAAUCGGAGUAACUUUGAUCACAUCCUGAAGAGUAUGGAAAGGAUUUUAGAAAAGACACACAGUUACUUGUCUCUUAAUGACUUGGAUGAUGGGUUAUAUGCCUCUACUCUGGAGAUGUGAUGAGCAUAAAACAAUGCCUCACAAUAGGGCGAUUCCAUACGUGUCGUACGGGACAUUUUGUCAACAAUUUCUAGUCUCUUAGCUGAUUGCUUGAGCAAUGAAAACAUAUUUUUGGUCAAUAAUAAAGUUAUAGAGGGUAGUCAUGUGAAAAACUGAUUACAAACAAAAAAUAUUUGAUUAUGGCUGAAUUAAGGGCGAAAAUGUUGUAUGUCGUACGGGACUCAGAAAUGUCCCGUACGACACAAAACAUUUUUUUAUGGGUGAUAAUUCACCCAUGGACAGCAUAUUUUUGUUAGUUGUCAUUUUUUCAUAUGUCUACCCAGUAGUACUCUAUUAUUACCACAAAACAAAUUGAAGUUCUUCGUUUGUUUGUACAAUAGGUUGAAAAAUGUUGCGAAAAUAGCCGAUUUUUCUAGCAUGGAAUCGCCCAAUAUAUGUUUUAUACGGAAGCUCAAUGCAGAUGUGUUAGAUUUAUGUAUAAUUAAUUCACGCAUUUCAUUCUUCUCUGGAUACCAUUGGUCCAUUGAUUAGAUUAAAUUUGUAGUUUGAUUUCUUUUAAAAUAUAUUAUGCUAUGUAGUGGUAUAUUUAGUGUCAGAAGGCAUAUAAAAAUAUAAUUGAAUUUUCCUAGUAGUAAUCUGUUUUUGUUUCGUUUUAUUUUAAUCCUCACCGAAACCAAAUUCAAGGUCCCGUAACAAAAAGGUAAACAAUAAAUUUACUCUUGAUUUUACACAUGAUUGUACAUUGUAGUCAAUGCAAUCAAUCGUUAAAAAGUAUUCUACAAUGAUUGCUAGGCUUCAUGUACGGGACCCUGAUUGACUUUAUUCAAAUUUACGUACAAUCGGUUGUGUAGGUUUCGUUGGUGUUACUAUACGGCAUCACCUUAAGAAAACUGUAAAAUACCUUAAAUCUUCAUGCCAGGGUUGAUGUCUACAUAAUAUUUAGUUUAUCCAUUAUCCACACUAAAUGUGUGGCGUUGGUAGUUUAUUAUGUAACCUUAUUGCUAUAUCUUCAUGUGAAAUGUAUGUUGGACACCUAUGUAAAGCAAGUAUUAAAGCUGAACAGGACGUCUGACUAUAUGAAACAGAUCAUUCAUGUAAAUUAUUGUUUCGAAAGGAUGUAAGAACGGUAAGCGCUAUACCAAAACAAAUGAAAGCGGAGUUAACAAAUCAGAUUAUCAUUGCAUUGAGGAAUGCGGUGAGUGAUGAUGUGCGUUUUUUUUGGGGGAGGGGGGCAUGCGUAAUAAGUGUCGGUGCUGUUGAUGAAGAUGCAUGUGUAUAAAAGGUGGUGAAGUACUGUGUAAUAUCUGAGCUGAAGAUGUACCAAUUAAAAAGUGAAACAGACAGAACAAGUUGCAUGAAACAGA